AUGUUCGGUCCUAUCCCGAGCACCAACCCCGUCCUGGCCGGCGAUGACUUCAAAGCCUGGCACAACGCUAUCGGUGGAGAGCUUACCACCGCAGCCGAUGAUUCCUGGCGCACGGUACUUCGUGAAAAGCAUCCCGAUAUGCUUCACCUUCUUCAAUUCCCCUACAACGGCGAGCCCCCGAAGCGACUUGUCACUUCCAAGACGAUCACACCUAACCCACUUCAUUUCGUACGAAACCACGGUGGUAUUUCUAUUAUCGACAAGGAUAGACGACCUAUGGACGAGUCCCGAUUCCCUCGUAUAGAGAAGACGGUCACUAUCCAGUGCUCGGGUACCCGCCGUAUCGAACAUAUCCAACUAUACGGUGGCCAGGGUGACGAAGUACCUCAGGCCCCGUGGGCCGAGGGUGCCAUUAGCACCGCUCGCUAUGUGGGCAUUAGCUUAAAGAAGGUGAUCAAAGACUGCGGCGGCCUACUUAAGCCCGCCAAGCACCUUGAGCUAUACGGCGCCGAAACCUAUGUUAAGGAUCUCGAAGUGGGAAACUAUGUGGUUAGCGUCCCCUGGUCCAAAGUUAGAGCCAACGAGGUCAUUCUGGCUUGGGAGAUGAAUGGUGAGCCUCUACCUAAGAUCCAUGGCUAUCCACUACGUGUCAUCGUUCUAGGGUACAUUGGUGCUCGCAGUGUUAAGUGGCUUUACCGCAUUAAGGCUAUUGAGAAUCCUUCCCGCGCCCCGGUCCAAGCUAAGGAGUAUCUUUACUUUAACCAACAAGUUGGUAAGUAUAAUCUAUGCGCAACGGAUGGCAUUCAAAUUCAAGAGAUGCCCGUCAGCUCUGCAAUCAUGUCUCCCUGGACCAAACAGACUGUCGUUCAUAUAGGUACGAUCAGAUGUAAAGGCUGGGCAUACUCUGGCGGAGGUCGAUGGCCCGGACGGGUCGAGCUAUCUGCUGAUGGCGGCUUCACUUGGUACGCCGUGCCCCCGAAGAAACUGUCUAAGAAGGGGCGUUGGACCUGGCGAACGUGGGAGUAUGAUCUUCCAUGCGAUGUCGAAGGUUGGAUUGAAAUCGUCUGUCGAUGCUGGGACAACUCGCUCAAUACACAGCCACUGAACGUGCGUGCGGCAUGGAAUUGGGGUCUGCAUGUUACUUCCUCGGCACAUCGCAUCAAGGUCUACAGCGUCAAUAAGAGUCGGGAGCUUACCAGGAAACGUUUAGAUAAGUUUGAGCAGCUCGGUAUUUCUCUGGCGCCUCUGACACACUAUGACAUCGUCCCUGGGCAGACGGCAGAAGAGUAUGAGCAGUACUGGCGGGAUCAUGAUCCUCGCGAUGUUGACGAUUAA